AGAUUCUUUCUCCUCCUUUAUUAGAAAAAGAGAAACCCCCUCCUAAUACGCCUCAGAGAGAACCAAUCUCGCGCUUCCGGGUCACCCGCUACCGCGAAGAUUUUCUGGGGGCGAGGGGGGGCAUUGGUUUGAAGCCCCUUAAAACGAGGGCCCUGCAGGCGAUGCCUUCUUUCCUACUCGGAUUUGUAAAGCCGAGAUUGCUUAGUUGGAAACCCUGUUCUCCCCUCCCAGGCGCACACAGAUCCCCCUUACACGCAAGCACCGGGCGCUUCCACGCCUCCGCGGGCCAAGGUCACCAAAUGCCCUGAUUCCAUCCCCCACCCGCCAUCAAUCCUGCCGACUCUGGCCGCUCUGCCUCAUUCUCUUCCAAGAAGUUUCCAUUCGUUUUAUUUUUUUUCCCCAGCCCGAGGUCCUCAGUAGACUCCAGCGUGGAUUUUAAUUGCCUCAAUCAGCAGUCAUUCUCCCCAGCCGUCACUCAGAGCCUGGACCGUGGGUCCCGCGAUCUAGCCCUUGGCUAAGCAGGAACGAUGCGCCCCCGGGUACGGCGCGGUUCAGCAGGCAGGCGUCAGGUUCUACUAAGGCGCUGAAAUGAGCCCAUCAGCGGGUAGGAGCCCUUUCCCCGCCGUCCCCUCCCCAGGCUCGUGAACGGCGCCUGAUGCCCGCCCGGGGCGCGAGCUCUCGAGGUCGCAGUGACCUCAGCACCUGCUUGGAGGAAAACGGCGCGGGAACCCCGCUUCCUUCCCCUCAGCUGGAGUCAGACCUCAAAAACAACACCCCAAUCGAUGCACACAGAAAACUCCUCUGGGCCACGCUUCCCGCCUCGCCGAGGUCUCCCCAGUCUGCCCCUCGCUGACGCUGGCGCGCAGCGGCUGUGGCAGCACCCGGGACAGCGGCCGCCCGCACUUCCCGCCUCUGGCUCGCCCCAGGACGCGCUGGCACGCCUCCCACCCCCUCACUCUGACUCCAGCUGGCGUGCACGGUCUGCCUCGCAUCCUCACGACUCAGCUCCCGCCCUCUCUCGUGUUUUUUUCCUCCGCCGCCCCCUCAUUCAUCCCCACUGGGCUCCCUUUCCCUCAAAUGCUCUGGGGCUCUCCGCGCUUUCCUGAGUCCGGGCUCCGAGGACCCUUAGGUAGUCCCGGUCUCUUGUAAGGCUCCCCGGCUUGCAAAGGGUUGCCACGUCCCUAAACCCUGUCUCCAGCUCGCAUACACACACGCACAGUCAGACACGCACAUUUUCUCUUUCUGCGUGACACCCGCCCUCGCCGCUCGGCCCCGCCGGUCCCCGCGCGGUGCCCUCCUCCCGCCACACGGGCACGCACGCGCGCGCAGGGCCAAGCCCGAGGCAGCUCGCCCGCAGCUCGCACUCGCAGGCGACCUGCUCCAGUCUCCAAAGCCGAUGGCAUCUCCGGGCUCUGGCUUUUGGUCUUUCGGGUCGGAAGAUGGCUCUGGGGAUUCCGAGAAUCCCGGCACAGCGCGAGCCUGGUGCCAAGUGGCUCAGAAGUUCACGGGCGGCAUCGGAAACAAACUGUGCGCCCUGCUCUACGGAGACGCCGAGAAGCCGGCGGAGAGCGGCGGGAGCCAACCCCCGCGGGCCGCCGCCCGGAAGGCCGCCUGCGCCUGCGACCAGAAGCCCUGCAGCUGCUCCAAAGUGGAUGUCAACUACGCGUUUCUCCAUGCAACAGACCUGCUGCCGGCGUGUGAUGGAGAAAGGCCCACUUUGGCGUUUCUGCAAGAUGUUAUGAACAUUUUACUUCAGUAUGUGGUGAAAAGUUUCGAUAGAUCAACCAAAGUGAUUGAUUUCCAUUACCCUAAUGAGCUUCUCCAAGAAUAUAAUUGGGAAUUGGCAGACCAACCACAAAAUUUGGAGGAAAUUUUGAUGCAUUGCCAAACAACUCUAAAAUAUGCAAUUAAAACAGGACAUCCUAGAUACUUCAAUCAACUUUCCACUGGAUUGGAUAUGGUUGGAUUAGCAGCAGACUGGCUGACAUCAACAGCAAAUACUAACAUGUUCACCUAUGAAAUUGCUCCAGUAUUUGUGCUUUUGGAAUAUGUCACACUAAAGAAAAUGAGAGAAAUCAUUGGCUGGCCAGGGGGCUCUGGCGAUGGGAUAUUUUCUCCCGGUGGCGCCAUAUCUAACAUGUAUGCCAUGAUGAUCGCACGCUUUAAGAUGUUCCCGGAAGUCAAGGAGAAAGGAAUGGCUGCUGUUCCCAGGCUCAUUGCCUUCACUUCUGAGCAUAGUCAUUUUUCUCUCAAGAAGGGAGCUGCAGCCUUAGGGAUUGGAACAGACAGCGUGAUUCUGAUUAAAUGUGAUGAGAGAGGGAAAAUGAUUCCAUCUGAUCUUGAAAGAAGGAUUCUUGAAGCCAAACAGAAAGGGUUUGUUCCUUUCCUCGUGAGUGCCACAGCUGGAACCACUGUGUACGGAGCAUUUGACCCCCUCUUAGCUGUCGCUGACAUUUGCAAAAAGUAUAAGAUCUGGAUGCAUGUGGAUGCAGCUUGGGGUGGGGGAUUACUGAUGUCCCGAAAACACAAGUGGAAACUGAGUGGCGUGGAGAGGGCCAACUCUGUGACGUGGAAUCCACACAAGAUGAUGGGAGUCCCUUUGCAGUGCUCUGCUCUCCUGGUUAGAGAAGAGGGAUUGAUGCAGAAUUGCAACCAAAUGCAUGCCUCCUACCUCUUUCAGCAAGAUAAACAUUAUGACCUGUCCUAUGACACUGGAGACAAGGCCUUACAGUGCGGACGCCACGUUGAUGUUUUUAAACUAUGGCUGAUGUGGAGGGCAAAGGGGACUACCGGGUUUGAAGCGCAUGUUGAUAAAUGUUUGGAGUUGGCAGAGUAUUUAUACAACAUCAUAAAAAACCGAGAAGGAUAUGAGAUGGUGUUUGAUGGGAAGCCUCAGCACACAAAUGUCUGCUUCUGGUACAUUCCUCCAAGCUUGCGUACUCUGGAAGACAAUGAAGAGAGAAUGAGUCGCCUCUCGAAGGUGGCUCCAGUGAUUAAAGCCAGAAUGAUGGAGUAUGGAACCACAAUGGUCAGCUACCAACCCUUGGGAGACAAGGUCAAUUUCUUCCGCAUGGUCAUCUCAAACCCAGCAGCAACUCACCAAGACAUUGACUUCCUGAUUGAAGAAAUAGAACGCCUUGGACAAGAUUUAUAAUAACCUUGCUCACCAAGCUGUUCCACUUCUCUAGGUAGACAAUUAAGUUGUCACAAACUGUGUGAAUGUAUUUGUAGUUUGUUCCAAAGUAAAUCUAUUUCUAUAUUGUGGUGUCAAAGUAGAGUAGAGUUUAAAAAUUAAACAAAAAAGACAUUGCUCCUUUUAAAAGUCCUUUCUUAAGUUUAGAAUACCUCUCUAAGAAUUCGUGACAAAAGGCUAUGUUCUAAUCAAUAAGGAAAAGCUUAAAAUUGUUAUAAAUACUUCCCUUACUUUUAAUAUAGUGUGCAAAGCAAACUUUAUUUUCACUUCAGACUAGUAGGACUGAAUAGUACCAAAUUGCCCCUGAAUCAUAAAAGGUUCUUUGGGGUGCAGUGAAAAGGACAAAGUAAAUAUAAAAUAUAUGUUGACAAUAAAAACUCUUGCCUUUUUCAUAGUAUUAGAAAAAAAUUUCUAAUUUACCUAUAGCAACAUUUCAAAUGUAUUUAAAUACAUAUAAUUUUACAAAAGGAAAAUAUAUAUAUUAAAAAAGAUAUCCUAUUUUGUAACAUAUAGAUUUUUAUUUUAUAUAGGUUAUACAAACUGCAGGGGCAGAUAUAAAAACUAAGCCAGAUUUUUUUUUCCUUUCUCUUAAUGGAGGCACAAUAAAACACUUAGCAAAGUUAUUUUGAAACAUUGACCCACGAAAUUCUUAAAAGGUAUUAUUGCUUCUUCCUAUACAUGUUAUGGCUUAUCACAUCUCUAAAGUUAGUAUUUCAAGACAAACACAAAAGAAUACUGCGAGUUCUUUAAAAUAAUUGAUCCCAUUGGCAGUAAGAUUCUCUUCCCCUUUAAGUUUUCCACCCGUUUUACUCUUAGCGGACUCACUCUGCAAGCGUGACAAACCAGGCUUCAUCUCAGAUUAAAUUAGGGUAAUUGUCUCUAUUCUGCUUUCCAAUUCGGCCUGUUUUGAACAGAAGGUUGAUGCUAGUUCUUGAGGCAUCUUCCAAAUAGUAUUCUUUUAUUAGGUCAUUUGAAUUAAUUAGAGAAAAUAAAAAUAAAACCUUAUCAGCCUGAGCAAACAGGAAUGAAGCACACUCCCAGAAUGUGGUGAGCCCAGAAGAUUAAAGUUGGCCUUGGGAGAAGAGAUCUCUGUGGGACAAUAAUGACAUCAUCCUGGCGCCAUAUUGCCACUGUCCAGGAAAGAGAAAUUUACCUCCAGGCCAGUUGCGCAUUUCCAUCCCCUCCCCAUUCCUCCCCACAAAGUCUCUCCCACUAGACUCCCUACCACUGGGACCCAAAAUAGUUACUUUAUAUUCCAUGGGUGGUUGUUUUUCUUCCAUGAAAUGAGCCUCUCACCCUAGAUUUUGAGGCAUUAUCUUAAGAUUUUCCUUUAUCCAUCUCCCAUCGAGAUCCAAAGUGACCAGAAUAUGCAGAAAUAAUAAGAUCCUUAGAAUUCAAAAUAGUAUUUUUAAAACAUCCUUCUUUCCCUGUGAACCUGAUAGAAAAACAUGAGCUAACAAAAGCUUCCAUAGAUAUUUAUGGGGUCACACAUCGUCAGAUUCCAAGUGCUGAUAGGAGAACAAUAGAUUGAUAAGCAGACUGCAAAUGCAAAUUUAGGAACAUUCUCCAUUUCUGAAUGGACCAGGUAGUUCAGUACUCAGACUGCAGGUAUACAAGGGAAGAGAGAAGGCCCUGCCCUUCAACGGGUAGAAAUGCCCUACAAUAUAACAUAUAGAAAUGCCCUAUAAUAUAACCACAGGAUCCAGCCAUCUGAAAUUUUCAUAAGCUUCCCCCUACAUUAUUUCUCCUAGGCUAUAUGCAAAAACAGUGAUAACUUGAUAUGAACAUGGCUUUGGGCCCUUUCUGUCUAGAAAAACAAAUGGGUUCACUAUGACAAUCAGAAGUAAACUCUUUCAUCUGUCCCGCAGAAUUUCAUGAAGGAGUAACCUUCCGUUCUAGGCUUUGUCUAACGGCCAAGCAUUAGACAAAGCAUUAGAAAGCAGUUCCUUUCUCAAAACUGCCUGCUGAGAAUAAGCACAUAGCUGCCCGACUAUCCGGAGCCUCAGGCCCAAAGGUUCCACUUCAGAGACAGAGAUGCUAAUUGAUCCAACCUGCUGUCCUUCUUGGAGAAGACAGUGGGGCCCAGUGCCCUGGUGAACCAACCCUGCUGUACUCCAGGAUGCUUUAUCUUUUGAGUUACAGAUCCUAGAUUAUAAACUGCUGCUUUUUAGGUUAAUGAGAUGGUAAAAUUUUAAAGGACAAUUUGUGCCUAUAUAUGAAAUUCCAGCAAAACAAUUCUAGCAACAACAAUAGCUCUUCUUCCCCACUCCCCUACCCCUUCCCAGUACUCCUUCAGAUUGGCUGAGAACCUUGCUCAGGCCUGUGCAGGGAAAUCCUUACCAACUGUAGCCCAAAGAAGGAAGCAAAUAAAAGCCUAGUAGGUCCCAGUAGUUUAAUAAAUCGUCUUGAAAGGAGAUGUGUAAUCAGGUCAGAAGAGAGUAAGGGAGGAAGGGAGGGAGGGAGGAAGGGAAGGAGGGAGUGAGGAAGGAAGGAAGGAAGAAAAUGAAGGGAGGGAGGGAGGGAGGAAAGAAGGGAGAUUAUUUUUAAUAUUAGCCCAAAUUCCCAGUGCCAUGGUCUUUAUGUGUGCCCAUUCUUUACAAAUCUUAGAAAAGUUUGGUUUUAGCUUUAAUCAGAACUGACAUGGCCAUUUUCAUUUAUACAGCAAUAUUGUGUUUAUCAUUUAAAAUACUUGAACAAACAAGUGUGAUAUGUCUUUAUCUGAGACCUAUACAUGGUAUGGACUUCAUAUACUGCCACAGGAUGUGAGGAAAGAAAAGGAAAUCAAUUGUGUCUGACUGUGUUGCCUUUAUUAUCUGGAUAAUACUGUCUUGUCACCUCAGAUUGGGGUUGUGCACUUUAGAUCUGAACUGUAUGUACAGUGUUGCAAAUCAACAUGUGUUUCUGUAAAAGCUUGUACAAUAUAUUAUUGAUAUGUCUUUUUCUGUGUGGUAGCUGUAUUGAACUUUGAUAUUAUGAAAACUACAUUUGCAUCUGUUCCUGUUCUCUCUCUCUCUCUCUCUCUCUCUCUCUCUCUCUCUUUCCUAACUAUAUGCCCUCCACAUCGGCUCUAAUAGAGAACAUGCCCUCAGCUAAGCCCCCUACUGAGAAACUUCCUUUGAGAAUUGUGCAACUUCACAAAAUGCAAGGUGAACACCACUUUGUCUCUGAGAACAGACGUUACCAGUUAUGGAGUGUCACCAGCUGCCAAAAUCGUAGGUGUUGGCUCUGCUGGUCACUGGAGUAGUUGCUACUCUUCAGAAUAUGGACAAAGAAGGCACAGGUGUAAAUAUAGUAGCAGGACGAGGAACCUCAAACUGGGUAUCAUUUUGCACGUGCUCUUCUGUUCUCAAAUGCUAAAUGCAAACACUGUGUAUUUAUUAGUUAGGUGUGCCAACUACCGUUCCCAAAUUGGUGUUUCUGAAUGACAUCAACAUUCCCCCAACAUUACUCCAUUACUAAAGACAGAAAAAAAUAAAAACAUAAAAUAUACAAACAUGUGGCAACCUGUUCUUCCUACCAAAUAUAAACUUGUGUAUGAUCCAAGUAUUUUAUCUGUGUUGUCUCUCUAAACCCAAAUAAAUGUGUAAAUGUGGACACAUCUCA